CUCUCUCUACACUUCAUUUUUUCAUCUGCUGCUCCUGCUUAGGUGUGCUAAAUUGACCUCUCAAAAGAGAAUUUUGAUUAAUUAAUUAUUUUUUUUAUCACUAGAUCAUCAUCAUCCUCAUCAGGAAUAAAAUCAGGAGCAGAGGGCCAGAGGCCCUACAUAUCCAUAUAUAUAUUUUUUUCUUAUAAUUUUGUUUUAUUCUUUUCUAGAUCAAAGUAGUAAAAUAUAAUUUUCAAAUUCCAAUUCAAAGCCAUUACCCUUCUCAAUGUAUCCAGUCUGUUUUGAUGAUCUAUUCAGGUGAAAAGUGGAAGCAAGCAAAAUCCUCUCUCUCUCUCUCUCUCUCUGUCAAACCUUUGUUAGCUUCGUCACCCUCUAACGUCGCGUCACCGCCGUUGCUCUCUCUCUUCUGUCCUCAUCUCUGUUUUCCUCUGCUUCCUUGAUGAUCACGCCAAAACCCUGCUUCUAUUUCUCUCUCUACUCUCUAUACCCGCUACCAUUCAUUCUCACUCUCUCACUGCGCAAUGGGCACUGAGGUCGUUCUCUCACUCUGCAUAACUCCUCUCUGAACAGAUUCUAUAUCGUCUUUCACCUUGUUGGUUUCUCCCUCUUUCUACAUUGAGACGAGAACCAGAGCAGGAGAUGUUGUUGUUGUUACAGACGGAGAAGAUGAUGGUCCUCAUAUGUUUAGUGGUAGCUUUGUCCUUCCUGGCGCUGGCACAGGUCGCUUCACCACUGCCCGAUGAAGGAAAGGCGCUACUAUCGAUCAAGGCUUCUUUUAGCAAUGUAGCUGAUGUGCUCCACGACUGGACUGAUGUGAGCAAAGACGAUUACUGUUCUUGGCGUGGCGUCUCUUGCGACACCGUUAGUUCGUCCGUUGUUUCCCUGAAUCUAUCAACUUUGAAUAUAGGUGGGGAGAUUUCCCCUGCCAUUGGAGACCUCACCAACUUACAAGUCAUAGAUUUGAAGGGAAAUCGAUUGUCUGGGCAAAUCCCAGUUGAAAUUGGAGACUGUCUCUCCUUGACAUUUCUGGAUUUAUCAGAUAACAUGCUUUAUGGUGACAUACCAUUUUCUGUGUCCAAAUUAAAGCAACUCGAUGAUCUGAAUUUGAAGAACAAUAUGCUGACUGGUCCAAUUCCUUCAACCUUGUCACAACUGCCAAAUCUGAAAACUCUGAACCUUGCCCAGAACCGGCUUACUGGCGAAAUCCCACGGCUUAUCUACUGGAACGAAGUAUUGCAAUAUCUAGGCUUGCGUGGCAACUCACUUACUGGAAUUUUGUCCCCUGAUAUGUGCCAAUUAACGGGCCUCUGGUAUUUUGAUGUGAGAGGGAAUAAUCUAAGUGGAAGAAUACCAGAUAGAAUUGGAAAUUGUACAAGCUUUGAAGUAUUGGAUAUCUCAUACAACCAGAUUACUGGGGAAAUUCCCUACAAUAUUGGUUUCCUUCAAGUGGCUACCCUGUCGCUUCAAGGAAAUAGGCUCACAGGGAAGAUCCCCGAAGUCAUUGGUCUGAUGCAAGCCCUUGCUGUCUUGGAUCUAAGUGAGAAUGAAUUGGUUGGGCCAAUUCCUCCAAUUAUUGGCAACCUCACUUAUACUGGCAAACUGUACUUGCAUGGUAAUAAACUCACUGGACCAAUACCACCAGAGCUGGGGAACAUGACAAAACUGAGCUAUCUGCAGCUAAACAACAACCAGCUCGUGGGUGGGAUACCUGCAGAACUUGGAAACCUAGAAGGACUUUUUGAACUGAAUCUUGCCAAUAACAAUCUUGAAGGACCCAUUCCCCAGAACAUCAGUUCUUGCACAGCACUGAACCAAUUCAAUGUGCAUGGUAAUCAGUUGAAUGGUUCCAUACCGUCUGGUUUCCAGAAUUUAGUGAGCCUGACUUAUCUAAAUCUUUCUUCAAACAACUUCAAGGGCAGGAUCCCUAUUCAGUUGGGGCGAAUUGUCAAUCUUGAUACGCUGGAUCUGUCGAACAAUUAUUUCUCUGGGCCUCUUCCUGCUUCUGUCGGUGCCCUGGAACACCUUCUUACUCUGAACUUGAGUAAAAACCAUCUCAAUGGACCUCUUCCUGCAGAAUUAGGAAAUUUGAGAAGUAUCCAAAUUAUUGAUAUGUCAUUCAACAAGCUCUCAGGCAGGAUUCCAGAAGAGUUGGGUCAGUUGCAAAAUGUUGUUGCUCUUAUACUUAACAACAAUAAUAUAUCUGGCGGUAUCCCUGUUCAGUUAACUAAUUGUUUCAGCCUUGUGACCUUGAACCUUUCCUCCAACAACUUGUCAGGAGUCGUUCCUCCAAACAAAAAUUUCUCAAGGUUUCCACCAGAAAGCUUCUUGGGUAAUUCUUUAUUAUGUGGCAACUGGUCAGGAUCGUUGUGUAGGCCAUAUGAGCGGGUAUCCAAAGCUAUUAUCUCCAUCACUGCAGCUGUCUGUAUUGCCUUGGGCUCCAUUACACUGUUAUUUAUGAUCAUCGUUGUUAUCUAUAAAUCUAACCAGCAGAAGAAAUAUGAGAAGAGAUCAAACAAAAUGCUACAGGGCCCUCCAAAACUUGUAAUUCUUCAUAUGGAUAUGGCUAUCCACACCUAUGAAGACGUCAUGAGGAUUACUGAGAAUUUGAGUGAAAAGUACAUAAUCGGUUAUGGUGCCUCAAGCACAGUUUAUAAGUGCAUAUUGAAAAACUCCAAGCCCAUAGCUAUCAAGCGGCUGUACUCCCAGUAUUCACAUAACUUGCGAGAGUUUGGAACUGAACUUGAAACUAUUGGUAGCAUUAAACAUAGAAAUCUUGUCAGCUUGCAUGGUUACUCUCUUUCUCCACAUGGAAAUCUUCUAUUCUAUGAUUACAUGGAGAAUGGCUCUCUGUGGGAUCUUCUGCAUGGACCAGGGAAGAAGGUUAAACUGGACUGGGAAACACGGUUGAGAAUAGCUGUUGGAGCUGCCCAAGGGCUUUCAUACCUCCACCAUGAUUGCAAUCCGAGGAUCAUUCAUAGGGAUGUGAAGUCCUCAAAUAUCCUGCUGGAUUCGGACUUUGUAGCUCAUCUCUCGGACUUUGGGAUUGCCAAGUGCAUCCCAUCUGCGAAAUCCCAUGCCUCCACUUUUGUGAUGGGAACUAUUGGUUACAUUGACCCAGAGUAUGCACGAACAUCACGUCUAACCGAAAAGUCUGAUGUUUACAGUUUUGGAAUUGUCCUUCUGGAGCUACUCACCGGGAAGAAGGCUGUGGACAAUGAGUGGAACUUGCAUCAAUUGAUAUUGUCCAAGGCGGAUGAUAACACAGUGAUGGAGGCAGUUGACCCAGAGGUUUCUGUGACAUGCAUGGAUCUUGGACUGGUGAGGAAGACCUUCCAACUUGCUCUGCUCUGCGCUAAGCGACGCCCAUCAGAGAGACCAAGCAUGCAUGAGGUUGCAAGGGUCCUGGUUUCUUUGCUGCCACCACCACCACCACCCACCUCGAAGUUGUACGGUGAUCCAUCCAAGGCAAUCAACUAUGCUCAAUUCUUUGUGAAUUCAGAAGGAAAGCAGUGGAAGCCGCCACCGCCACAGCAGCAGCAAAACCCACAAUGGCAAGACAACAGUUCAUCUGAUGCCCAGUGGUUUGUUAAGUUUGGUGAAGUUAUAUCAAAGCAUACCCAUUGACAUGAAAGACUUGAUUUGUGCUAAGCUGAAAAUGGGACGAGGUCUCAUAGGUUUUGGUUCAGCUGGGUUUGGGUUUUGCCCAUCUGUUGGAAAAGGUCAAGGGGAGGGGGGGUUCUUUUGGGUGUUUUUCAAAACCAAUCUUGGAUUCUGGGAAAGCUAAGAUAGAUUGGGAAGUUGGUAUAGUAGUAAAUUAAAAAAAAAAAAAAAAAUACAAGAAAAGAAAAUUUUGUAUUAUGAACCAUGGGACAGCUGUGGAAAUAUAUUUUCCUGUGACAAUUAA